GAUGUGAAGGAGGAGGAGGAGGGGAAAAAAGGGGGAGGAGGAGGAAGGAAAAAAAGGAGGAGGAAGAGGAUGGAUACAGUAAGUGACGACGGUGUCCCAACUGGACACUAGGUCAGGUUCACGGUAUCUAGCAGCGUGAAUACGAAGAAGGAAUAAUAGAGGCAGUAAGUGAACACCUCAGGAGUCUACUGUUGAUCGGACCACUGUCCUUCCUCUCUGCUGUCGUCGCUCUCUGAGAGGAAGAAGGGCGAGGAUAUUAUGGCUGCACUUUCUCCACAGAUUCGAGGACUUCAGGCGGAUGAGGCGGAGUCCAGGAUCCUAAAGGUGAAAGUAGUCGCUGGACUUGGCCUGGCCAAAAAAGAUAUACUUGGAGCCAGUGAUCCAUAUACACGGCUGUCUCUCUAUGAUCCUAUCAAUGGAGAACUCACAAGUCUUCAGACCAAAACUAUUAAAAAGACACUGGACCCAAACUGGAAUGAAGAGUUCUUCUUCAGAGUUGAUCCCAGAAAGCAUCGUCUGCUGUUGGAGGUGUUUGAUGAGAAUCGUCUGACACGUGAUGACUUUCUGGGACAGGUGGACGUCCCCUUAAACCAGAUACCGACAGAAAAUCCUAACACAGAAAGGCCAUACACAUUCAAGGAUUUUCUGCUUCACCCCCGAAGCCACAAGUCCAGAGUCAAAGGUCACCUGCGUCUCAAGAUGACCUACCUGCCAAAAACUCCAGGUUCUGAGGAGGAGCCGGUGGAUCAGACUGAAGACAUCGGUCCUGGUUGGGAGUUUCUGGAAGGCCAGGACAUGUCAGGUCCACGACAGAGCCAGCUUCUGCCUGCUCUCCCCACUGGCUGGGAGGAGCGGCAGGACAAUCUGGGGAGGACGUACUUUGUCAAUCAUGAGACCAGGACCACACAGUGGCAACGACCCACAAUGCAGGACAGUGAUGUUGGAGUGCAAAGAAGACCCAACAAUAAUAUCGAGGAGCAUGCUUUUAUUACACGCAGACAGAUCUCAGAUCACGAUGAGAACAGCGCUCGAGAGUCUCCUGAGAGUUGGGAAAUUAUCACAGAGGACGACUCCACCUUGUACAGCAGUAACCAGCUCACAUCGCCCACACCCCGCUCACCUGUGCCGGAGUUCCUCGCUUUUGCUGACGAGCUGAGAAACGUUCACAUUGCAAGGCCCACAGCUGCCGCCCCCCCGACAAAUCAUGCAAGUAAUUCAAGCCAUUCCAGUAUCAGAAGAAGCUCCCAGACUUCUACAGGAGAGGAACAUCCCGUUAAUCCUGUGCUGCUUCCAACCUCAGCUGGGCUUCCUCCAGGCUGGGAGGAGAAGCGGGACAAUAAAAGCAGACGCUACUUUGUCAACCACAACACCAGAACCACUUCAUGGACGCGCCCCUUCCUUCAGAGAACCUCAGAGGCACAAGCAGCACAGAAUGCUGCAAGUGUACCGCAGAGCCCCACUCCACCUCCUCCUCCACCUCCACCUCCACCUCCACCUUCAGCUCCACAGCCUACAUCCCCUGAGGAGUCUCCUCAGCACACCCCCAGCCCAGAGAGCACGUUUGAUUCUGGCUUCCUGCCAGCUGGCUGGGAGGUCCGCAGUGCUCCCAAUGGAAGACCCUUUUUUAUAAACCACAACACAAAGUCUACUACCUGGGAAGACCCCAGGCUGAAGAUUCCUGUCCACAUUAGGAGGAGAGCCUCACUUGACCCAUCUGAUCUCGGUCCCCUGCCGCCUGGUUGGGAGGAGAGAGUCCACAGUGACGGGAGGAUAUUCUAUAUUGAUCACAACACCAAGAACACACAAUGGGAUGAUCCCAGAUUGCAGAACUCAGCGAUAACUGGACCAGCAGUGCCUUAUUCCAGAGAUUACAAACAGAAGUACGACUACUUCCGAAAGAAGAUGAAGAGACCGGCGGACAUCCCAAACCGCUUUGAGUUGAAGCUGAGACGAAACGCUGUGCUGGAGGAUUCGUACAGACGCAUCCUGUCGGUGAAGAGGGCAGACCUGCUGAAGGCUCGACUCUGGGUAGAGUUUGAAGGAGAAAAAGGACUGGACUAUGGCGGCGUCGCCAGGGAGUGGUUCUUCCUCAUGUCGAAGGAGAUGUUCAACCCAUACUACGGCUUGUUCGAGUAUUCUGCAACGGACAACUACACACUCCAGAUUAACCCAAACUCUGGUUUAUGUAAUGAAGACCACCUCACCUACUUCAAGUUUAUCGGCCGUGUGGCAGGCAUGGCUGUGUAUCAUGGCAAACUGCUUGAUGCUUUUUUCAUUCGGCCUCUCUACAAGAUGAUGCUGCAGAAGCCCAUCACUCUCAAGGACAUGGAGUCUGUUGACAGUGAAUACUUCAACUCCUUGAAGUGGAUUCUGGAGAAUGACCCAACGGACCUGGAUUUGAGUUUCACCAUUGAUGAAGAGCUGUUCGGACAGACUCACCAACAUGAACUGAAGCCAGGCGGUGCAGAGAUAGUUGUCACUAAUGACAACAAGAAGGAGUACAUCCAUCUGGUGAUGCAGUGGAGGUUUGUGAACAGGAUACAGAAGCAGAUGACUGCUUUCAAAGAUGGAUUCUUUGAGUUGAUACCUCAAGAUGUGAUUAAGAUCUUUGAUGAGAACGAGCUUGAGCUGCUCAUGUGUGGUCUUGGAGAUGUGGAUGUGAAUGACUGGAGGGCAAAUACCAAGUACAAGAACAGCUACGGCACCAACCAUGCCGUCAUCCAGUGGUUUUGGAAGACGGUGCUGUUGAUGGAUGCAGAGAAGCGAAUCAGGCUCUUGCAGUUUGUGACGGGAACUUCAAGGGUCCCGAUGAAUGGCUUUGCUGAGCUUUAUGGGUCUAACGGACCACAGCUGUUCACCAUCGAGCAGUGGGGAACACGUGAUAAACUCCCCCGAGCCCACACGUGCUUCAAUCGACUGGACCUGCCUCCAUACGAGUCCUUUGAGGAGCUCAGGGAGAAACUUAACAUCGCCAUUGAGAACGCACAAGGCUUUGACGGGGUGGAUUAGUGCUCCUGCUGUAAACGAGCUGAACUGACAUUACUGCCAUCAGCAUAAAGCUAAGCAGCUCGAGGUGGACACUUUGAUGAGAGAGAAAAAAAAAGCUGUGCUUCGUAUGCGGGUCUGUGCCAGCUGUGUGACAGAUGAAGGAAAGUCACACAACUUUAACCAGCAUGUGGAGAAGGGACAUUCAAUCUGGAGUGCCAGAGGUUUUUAAUCACUCUGCAUGCUCUUAAGUUUACAAACAAGAAUGCAAAGAUACAUACUGUGUAUAAAAAAACCCAUCUCACUUUUAAGAAUAUUAGUUUCAUGUUUGGCUGAAUGGCACAAAACACGGUGCUCUGAUUCUCACAGCAGGUAUUUGUGAGAAUAGACUUCAUACAACAUGUCUCCUGUCAAAUAUCACUAAACUCCUUAAAGCAAAGUAAACAAGUUCAAAUAGCAGACAGAAACAAGAACAUGUGAUUCAGGUUUUAAAAAUGAAAUAGAUAGAUAUGAAUAACCCAAAUAAAUUGGCUAUUCAACUGAAAUGAAAUUUUUUCACUUCACCAUAUAAAGUUUAUAAGGACAAUUACACAUUAUUAUCUCAUCUGGCCAGGAACACAGAAGACAAUCUCAUUCAUUUACAUUUGUAGCAGAAAAUGUUGAUAAAUAAGUUUGAGCAACUACAGUUAUAGAAAGCAAAUCAUUGAAUCAUUAUAGUAGUGAGGUAUCAAUAACAGGACCAGUAAAGAAACAGAGAACCCUGCAGUGUGUCUGUUUAAUCCACAGAUCCAAAGAAGUGACUAGGUUGAACAUGCAGUGUCAGAUUGUGCUGAAAUACUAUGCAUAACUGUACAUAGUGGCUUAAAGAUAAUUAGAUAUAACUUUACUAAUCAAAUAAAUAGAAUGUACAUAUAAAUACUACUUUGCCUUCUAGAAAAUGAUUAACACUUUAUUAUAUGAAGAGUUUGAUACCACUCUAAGUUGUCAGAUUGUCAAAUAUGGUAACUGGUGCAUGGCUUUAUUAAAUGUCAUGUCUCAUUUAAGAUUAGUAUCCACUUGUACCCAAGCUCAGCACUGACUGACAGCGUGAUAUACAGUCAUACACACACAUACACAUUUUAUCUCCUGGCCAGUAGAAACAUGAUCUGGCCUUCUCACACAGUAAUCAUACAGUAUGUUAAAUAUACUGUUCUGUUGCCUUUGGUCAAUGAGUGAUACCAUUUAUUUUCCUCUGCUCAUCACGGGUGUCGAAUCACAAGCACAGUGCUCUAUUUUAAGAGUACAGUUUUAAAAGAUUGUUUUGUUGGUUGUGAAAAUGUGUACAGAUUAUUGUCUGUUUUCAAAAUAAGUAACCACUUGUAUUACCUUUAUAGAAAAGUAACUGUACUUAAGCAGUAGUUUUAACAUUUUCUGAAUGGUUAAACAUGUGUUUACACUACCUGCCAUGUUUACAGGAUAUUAAUACAGAAAGAUAUCGAGGGCUGGUUCUUGUCUCUGACAAUUUUAUAAUUCUGCUUUUAUAAAGUGAAGCACUUUGUUUAUAUCGAUGAGUCUUACUUCUGAUCUGUCUGAAUCUUUGCCGAUCUUUCACCUGCAGACUGCUUAAAUCCCUCUUUAAGAUAACAAUCCUACGCUUAAGUGCAAAUGUGUUUUAAUGUUUACAUGUGAACAUUGCUAAAAAAAAAAGCACAUUCUCUUCUUUCACAUUUAUUUAAAUUGAAAUACAGAGGCCUUUGUAAUGUAUUGUAGAAUUUGAUUGGUUAUCAAUGUUCUUAUCUCUAAAUGGAAGUACUGUUAUAUGUGUAUCGAUGUCUAUUGAGUAUUAAUAAAUAGUCAACUUUUCAUUUGUGAUAUAUUAAUUUGUUAUGAUACAAUUUAAUGAAAACACCUAUAAGUGCAUUACGACAACGUGCAUGCAGCAUAUAUACAGCAUUUAAAAGGGUGGAAUGAAUUGUAGCUGUUCAAUCCUAAUUUGAGGACCUAUAUCAAAUUAAAUAUAUUUGAAAAUAAAAAAAUAAACAGAACUACGAUCCAG